CUUUCUAUGGAGACAUUCAGAAUCUCUACAAUGAACUGUUUCUCCGCAGUGAUUUCAAUGAAUUAUCUAAAUCUAUGUGGGUCAUUUACAUCAGAUAUGUUACCGUGUCCCCGGUGUGCCACCUCUCUCGGAAGGCAGCAUCACGUUGGAUUUUAACAGGGGUAGAACGCAGUUUGAUUUUUUUACCUUGUGUGGCACAUACAUUUUUACCAAACCGCAGGAAGUCGGGGCGGCAGGACAGAAGCCGUACUACCGCAAAGGCAAACCAAUAAAGGAGGAAUGGAAAGGAGGGAGUAGUUACAGCCGAAGACAGUUUAGGGGAAACAUCUACAUUUUGUUUUUUGUCUAAAGGAUAUUAUUUAAAGAACAGUGAAAAAAUAAAUAAAUUGAGAUUAUAAAUGCCCUCAUGGCAUUGGGGAAUGCCAUGAUCGUUGAUCUGAUUGGUGGGUGUGCUAUCCAUCAUCGUUUAAUUACAGCCUGAGGGUGGGCUUUAACUUGGCAGUGGGAGAAGGGAGGUGUGGAAGACUGUGAAUUCAUCCAACUCUGCCAACCGCAGCUGGACCAUGUCACGGCUUGGAAGAACCCCAUGGAUACCUCUAAUCAUGGUGCAUCCACUGGCCACCCUUCGCUUUUUUACAUGGAUUGUGCUUGCAGAUGCUUGGCUAGCCAUAGCACAGGCACAGCAGCACCCUAUUGUCACAACAAACUAUGGCAAACUGAGAGGCUUGAAAACAGCUCUACCCAAUGAGAUUCUUGGGCCUGUGGAACAGUAUCUGGGAAUUCCCUAUGCCCUUCCACCCACAAGGGAGAGAAGGUUUCAGCCCCCUGAGCCCCCAAUAUCAUGGCCAGGGAUUCGAAAUGCCACACAAUUUGCUCCGGUUUGUCCUCAGUUUCUGGAAGACCGUUUUUUACUUAAUGAUAUGUUACCAGUAUGGUUCACGGCCAACUUGGAUACUGUGGUUUCCUACGUUCAAGAUCAAAGUGAAGACUGCCUGUUCCUAAACAUUUAUGUACCCACCGAGGAUGACAUCCAUGAUGAAAACGGGCUGAGGCCUGUUAUGGUAUACAUCCACGGUGGGUCCUACAUGGAAGGUACAGGCAACAUGAUUGACGGCAGCAUUCUGGCCAGCUACGGAAACGUCAUUGUGGUGACCCUGAACUACAGGCUGGGGGUGCUGGGAUUCCUGAGCACAGGUGACCAGGCAGCCAAAGGGAAUUAUGGGCUGUUGGACCAGAUCCAAGCACUCCGGUGGAUCAAAGAGAACAUCCAGGCUUUCAAAGGUGACCCGAAGAGGGUGACUAUAUUUGGUUCAGGAGCUGGGGCGUCCUGUGUAAGCUUGCUGACCCUGUCGCACUAUUCAGAAGAUUUGUUUCAGAAAGCCAUCAUCCAGAGUGGGACUGCUUUGUCAAGCUGGGCUGUCAAUUACCAGCCAGCCAAAUACACACGCAUACUAGCUGAGAAGGUGGGCUGCAAUAUGCUUGAUACUAUAGAUCUAGUGGAAUGUCUACAGAACAAAAACUAUAAAGAGCUAACUGAGCAGUACAUCACACAGGCCAAGUACCACAUUGCCUUUGGGCCAGUUAUUGAUGGGGACGUCAUCCCUGAUGACCCACAAAUUCUGAUGGAACAGGGAGAGUUCCUCAACUAUGACAUUAUGCUUGGCGUCAACCAGGGUGAGGGUUUUAAAUUUGUAGAUGGCAUUGUGGACAGUGAGGAUGGCGUCUCUGCAAAUGACUUUGACUUCGCUGUGUCUGAUUUUGUGGACCACCUUUAUGGAUAUCCAGAGGGAAAGGAUACACUUCGAGAGACCAUCAAGUUCAUGUAUACUGACUGGGCUGACAAGGAGAACCCGGAGACAAGGCGAAAGACUUUAGUUGCACUUUUUACUGAUCACCAGUGGGUGGCACCAGCAGUAGCUACAGCGGAUCUGCAUGCACAAUACGGAUCUCCAACUUACUUCUACGCUUUCUACCACCAUUGUCAGAGUGAAAUGAAACCUAGUUGGGCAGAUUCGGCACAUGGAGAUGAGGUGCCUUAUGUGUUUGGGAUUCCCAUGAUUGGCCCCACUGAUCUCUUUAACUGCAAUUUCUCCAAGAAUGAUGUCAUGCUCUCUGCAGUGGUAAUGACUUAUUGGACGAAUUUCGCUAAAACAGGGGAUCCGAAUCAGCCAGUUCCACAGGACACCAAAUUCAUCCAUACGAAGCCUAACCGCUUUGAGGAAGUGGCCUGGUCGAAAUACAACCCCAAAGACCAGCUCUACUUACACAUUGGGCUGAAGCCAAGGGUGAGAGAUCACUAUCGUGCGACUAAGGUUGCCUUUUGGUUGGAGCUAGUACCUCAUCUUCAUAACAUCAAUGAACUAUUUCAGUAUGUCUCAACCACGACUAAGAUACCUCCUCAGGAUACCACUCCAUUCCCUUACACUAAGAGACUUGGUAAAACAUGGCCAUCCACCACACGUCAUCCUGGAGUUCCUCCUGCCAACACCAAACAAACAACAGACCACCGCAAAGGAAACGAUCAGGGAGAUGACUCAGCAGUGGUGAUUGAGACAAAGCGAGAUUACUCCACCGAGCUCAGUGUGACCAUCGCAGUGGGUGCCUCCCUCCUCUUCCUCAACAUUCUGGCCUUUGCUGCCCUCUACUACAAAAAGGAUAAGCGUCGUCAUGAGUCCAACCGACGAGGGCCCAGUCCGCAGCGUAACUCUGCACCGGCUAAUGCUGCAGCUAACGCUAAUGACAUAGCACAUCUGCAGAGUGAGGAGCUGAUGUCACUCCAAAUGAAACAGCAGCAAAUGGAGCAUGAGCACCAUCAUGAGUGUGAUUCUCUUCAAGCUCAUGAUACGCUUCGUCUUACCUGCCCAGCGGAUUAUACGCUCACUCUACGACGUUCACCUGAUGACAUCCCACUUAUGACGCCAAGUACCAUAACAAUGAUUCCUAACUCACUGGCCGGAAUGCAGCCCCUGCACAAUUUUAACACAUUUGGAGGUAGUCAGAACAGUACCAACCUGCCCCAUGGUCACUCCACCACCAGGGUAUAGCUUUGUGCAGUGGACUUCAGGACAUGGUCUGCAAAGACACAGGGUUAAGGAACUUUUUAUGUCAUGGCGAACUGUGCUGACUUUGUUCCACACUGAGACUUGUCUUAGUGGAAGAGAUUCACUUGCUAUUUUCCUAUGAAGCCUUCUUGCAGAAUAUCAAAGUCAAAUAUGACCUACUUGUAAAAAAAAGAAAAAAGAAUGUUACUAAAGUAAUGCUUUAUUUGGAGCCAAGCUUGUUAAGGGUAGGGGACUUUACACAAAAAGACAAGAAGAACUUAUUUUCUGAGGGACAAUUUUGCAUGCAUAGAGAACAUGUACACAAAGAAGAGAGAGUGUUAUAAAGGAUAUGAUAAAGCUUUGUAUGUGCCAUAACUUAUGUCAUAUACCAAGAGCAACAGAGGGCAAUGUUAUUAUGUGAGAACUGUAUUUCAGACAAACACGUUAAUAUUAUUUGAGUGUUGUUAAAUACCAAACAUCUGGACUGAAUUCCCAGCCUGAAAUGUAAUUAUAAAAAAAAAUUGUAAAGAUGAACAAAUGUUAAAUACUUGUGUCAAAUACAAAUAUUAAUUAAAAAGCUUUUAUUGUUGUUUAGUUCAAAAUAUGACUAUGACUGAGCUAACGCUUUCGUUAAAGUUCAUGUAAAUAUACCAAUCAUUAUUUCUUUUUCUUUUUAAAUCCUGUGCUAAGCAGCUUUUACACAUGAAAAAUAAAUUAAGGUAGAGGCAUUCUUAUUCCAAAUCCUCUAAAUAUAUAUUUCAAUCAUCUGAGUGUUCCUUUGUCCCAAUUUUUGAAAGAUAUUGCAUGUUUGAUUGCUGCUUUACAUUUGAUGACCCAAUACAGUGACCCCACUCAGAUCUUAAAAAUGAAAGAUUGCUACCAAUUACAUUACAGUGCUGGGUGAAGCUGUUCAGCAUUAUGCUUAAUGUUGGGGUUUGGAUGGAGAAGUGUGGUCACAAAUAAGAGCAACUUCUACCCACAACCAACUCACUUUACCUGCUCAAACCUCUCCAUUUUUUAAGACUUUUUGUUUUAAUCUGAAUCAUCACUGCCUGAGCUUCAUAUGUGACCAGCAUUGUAUAAUUAAAAAUAUCUAUAAAUAACACAGGCAGUGGAUUUGGGUAUCUAUAUUAGUUGGAUAUGUUUGUAAAAAAAGUAUAUGUUAGAUAUUUCUAUUUGUAACAUGCUAGCAAUAUGUAAAGUAUUGUGCCAGGCUUGUGAUAUUUUGGGUUAAAACGUGAGUGAAUGAGUGUAAAUAAAAAUAACGAUGAUUACUAUAAAUUAAUAUAAACAAACAAAAAAAUACCCCUGAUAUUUUUUAGUUCUGCAUACUAUAACAAAAUAUGUUGAAAGUGCAAGAAAUGAUUUAAAAAAGUAAAUUCAUUGGAGUUUAUAAAGUUACAUUUGUAUAUUAAAUAAGUCAUUUUUAUCCCUUGGUUCUUUAACUGUCAGUACCAUAAGGGUACAGUGUAGGAUUCUAAAUAAUAGUUUGUCUUAAAUUGUUUGCAGUUUUUGCCUUAAGUGAUAGAUGAUAUUUCUGGCUGGACACCUGUAAAAAAAA